AUGCAGUGGAAUGUCAGUGAUGUUGGCACAAAACCCUUAGCCAAACAACGUUUGUUAGUUCUUUUGCAUCAAAUCGGCUGCUGCAAUCCAGAUACCCAUGAAAUGGUUGGACAGGAGGAGUAUGAAGCGUUUGAAGAGAGAACUGUGGGAAAACAAAUGGUCAAGCGCAUAGCCAAAACUAUCAUGCGUAUGGCAGUGCUAUGGGGUCUUGAGCCCAACCUUCAAGGAGCAGAGGCGACAGCUGUUGACGAGGAGGUUUGCCAACAGGUUCAGGCUUCUGGAAAUAAUGGAUAUGUUGCAUGGAAGAAGUUUGCCAAGACAACAACAGACUUGGAAUCGUGUUGGAAUCAAGUUGCAGAUGAGGAUUCCUACAUAGCAAAGCAGGAGGCGAGAAUUGACCAAGUGAUUCAACGCCUUGAACAAAUCAGAGAGCACAAUGAACAGGAUCAUGCGAUCAUUUCAGAUCGAAUUACAGAAUGCAGCAAUGAGUUGAGCAUGGUGCAUGACUAUGCAUCGGGACUUCACUACAGCAUUGUCGAACAUGGAGGUUUCUUGCGAAAUGGAUGUGGUCUUACUCCAGAGCAAUGGCGCCACCUAGCAACUCUUGAAAGAGCAAAUCUGGUUAGCUCAAGAGCUUUGGGUGCAGUUGAAUACAUGCGGCUGGUGCGCCAAAGGUUCCAGCCACAAGGAGCAGCAGAUGCAACAGACAGCCCAAAUGCUGAAGCUGAUGAUCCAAUGGAUGAGUCAGAACCAGAGGUGCCAUCAGGACCCAUCAGCGAUGAAACCUUGACAGACAUGCUUGAAUUCCUCAAAGGUGAACAUGGACUUUGCUUGGAAAGAAGUGAAUAUUGGGAUGCCAAUGAGGUACAACAUGUGAUCCUUCACUUCCUCUCCGAGAUCCACCACAGUUCAGCAGAAAGCUUGGUAGCCUCGUGCCGAGUACGCAUAGCUGGAUUGUUUGGAGAGCUGAAGGACAAAGCAAUUGAACAACAUCGAUGGGACAGUGCUGACAGAUAUCAAGCAAUCGAGCGCAGGUACAUGCAAAAUCCACCUGCGUGA